CCCUUGGUGGAGUCAGGGUAUCCGCUGGCGGCUCGUCCCGCCCCUGCCUCUGAGUGACAGGACCGUGGACAGCAGCAUUUCCCGCGGGACACGAAGUUUGUCGGCCUCGGCCUCGGCUCAGCUGAGCAGGCAUUUUUGAGAUCAAAGAUGGGUAGGAAAGAUGCUUCCACUGUGAAACUUCCUGUUGAUCAGUACAGAAAGCAAAUUGGUAAACAGGAUUAUAAAAAAACCAAACCUAUUUUACGAGCAACCAAAUUAAAAGCAGAAGCCAAGAGAACAGCAAUAGGCAUAAAGGAAGUUGGCCUUGUACUUGCAGCUAUCCUGGCCCUCCUACUGGCUUUCUAUGCUUUCUUCUAUCUCAGACUGUCCACAGAUGUUGACAAGGAAGUGCAUCAAGAUGAAGAUUAGUGGAGCAUCAGUAUAUUAAAGGAAAAUAAUUUUAUAAAAGCACCUUUUUGGACCAGUACAUUCUGAAGAACUGACCCUAUAUUAUAGUGACUAUUCUCUUCUGACACUUUGAGUUUGCAGAAAUAUCUUAAUAGUCACAUAAGAUAUUCAGAAAUGAACUUACCUAUUACCACAAUAUGCUCAUAGAUACUUUUAAAAAUAUUUCUACUUUGACAGACACAUUGUACAUGACACAUUUAGAUAAAGUCGAUAGGAGAUCCUAAACUUUUCAAAUAUCCCAUCCAGUUUACAUUUAUAACUCUAUCAGUUACAAAUGACCGAAUUUGCUCUUCUUCUAUGACUCUUGCAGGUGACAUACAGAAACAGUACUCAAAUCAUAUUCUGAGACCCAGAAGGAAUGCCAUGAAAAUGUUUACUUUACCAAGAAGCCUCAAUUUCUUCCCAGACAUAUUUCAUGUCAUUAAAGAGACUAUCUGCACAUACAUCUUCAGUAAUCUUUAUCCCUCCUUGCCAACUGUUCAGUGCACAUGUGCUCUGUCAGAAAUGGCACCUGGAUGACAGAGGCUCAAAGAGUCACGUAUGUCUCUAAAAUAGAAUUUCUUUCUUCUUGGGUUACUCAAACUGAUGUAAAUAGAAAAUUCAGUUGAUCUUGAUUUUUAAUUAACUUAUUACUCUAUUAAUACAAACUUUGAAUUCUAUUUUAAUUAUGUUGUCUGGCUGUCUGCAGUAUCUGUUUGCCCCUCUUGUUAGGGAGAGAUGUAGCAAUCUGUCAUGUAAUUGUGCAGUCUUUUUCACACUCCACAAUUAGCAGAAGUCUUACCUCCUCAGAAUCAUUUUCUUGGCUGUCUUUUGGAUCUGAACAAUGUGAAGCUGUUUCACGCGAUUACAUUUUGUCUCUUGAGAGUUAAUUAGGGACACUUUAGUGGAAAAUAAACAGUAGAAGAAAAUAUACGACUCAUAUUACUCUCACAUGUACAUUUCUGUUUAUAUGUUUUUAUGUAUUUUGCAUUUGUUGGAACAUAAUGGCUGGUAUAUGCAAUAUUUUAUUGGCAAUCAACAUUUUAAUACUUUUUCAAAAGCAUGAACACAUAAAGCUCAGAAAAUUGGAAAAGACCUACCUACAACAGAGUUACUAGCUACUACCUUGUUUAAAGAUGCAUAGAAAAAUAGAUUCUUUGAAAUCUGCAUGCAAAAUGUUUAAUAUUGUGUGUAAUGUUAGUACAAAAUAAUAAAUUCAGUAUUAGAAUUGUUUUCUGUAUUUUCCAAGAGACAGAAGCUUUUUAAAUACUCUAGCAGUAUGUAAGAGCUUUAUAAGCACAGCUUCCAAAAGGCAAGACAUUCUUUGGUACUUAUGCAAAAGAGUUGAAUGUGUGACAGUGCAGUGAUACGUUCUGUAGAAAGUUUUAAGCAGCAUCAUUUAAUUCCUCAGUGUGAAAUCAGCCAAAGGUUCCAAUAUCCUCGCAUAUUAUUUAUGCCAAACAUCUGCGGGCAAGAUUUAGCCAGUGUUAUUUGCUUGACUCUUCUUCUUGAACUCACAAACUGGAGACACAGACAAGACUUUGUACAUACUCACCACAGUGGACCAAUCCAAGUGGCAUUUUUAGGAAAGGUUGCAGCAUUUUAUGCCAUGUGGUAUGUCUGUUCGCGAAGUGGGAGGCAAGGGAAUAUCCAAGCUGGCAUUUUGGAUAUGAUGGGCCUUUUACUUUCCUGAGUGACAUGCCACAUGUCAAGAAAUACUGCUUCCCUCCACUCUUAUCACAUUUACGUGAACAAUUUUCAUUUACUUAUUUAACACACAUAUGGUGUUAAAAAGAGUCACAUUCAAUAAAGGUUAUUUCUGGGUUUUAGGGAUAAUUUAAAUGAGGGGAUAUGUAAUAGUUACUUAUUAGUUACCUAUCCAGAUUAGCAGAAUUCACAGUAUUUAAAUUAGAUUAUUAUACUAUUAGAAAUGUUUGAAAAUUCAUCAUUGUGAGAAAAACUAAACAUUCUGCCAUGCUCAUGGGGUGUUCGUUUGGGGGAAAAUAUUGUUUCCUAAGGCAAUAAAUAUUAGUCUAAAUGUAGCAUAAUUAUAGGCAAGUUUCAUUGCCUAGUUCACUGGCAUCUAGAGUACAUUCAUAUAGCUGAUUGAUUUAUGAUUACCCAGAGAAUCACAGGUCCCAAAGGCUUAAAAGCUUUUGAUUUCUGUAAAUAGCAGGUAAAGUGAGAUAAUAUUAUUUACACAAUGCUAUUUUCAUGAAAUGCAAAUUUCAUCAACUCACGUUAACUGGGAAGCAGCCAAUCCCUUGAAGAGCAAUCCCAAAUUGAAAGUCUGGUUUGAUGGUUUGAAGAGGAAGGUGAUAUCUUCCUGCUAUUUCAGUUAACUACAUUUUUAAAUAGUGAGUGGUGUUUGGAAUAAAUGUCAGACUGGCAUCAGACAACAAAUAUAGACCUGGCUAGUUCCCAUGUAAUAAUUUACUGCUUGGAAUAAUUCAGAAGAAUAAAUAAAAAUAUCUAAUGACUUUUUAGAAUGCUCAAAUAUAUUAAUGUACUCUGCAGAAUAAAUUUUCAACUGAGGUAGGAGACCCAAAAUAUAACCUUUGGAAUACGUGAAUGAGGUAUGAGGGGUUGCUUGGUUUUAUUUAACAUGUAGGUUUCAACUAGGAGAAAUAAUACAUACAUUUGCUUAUAUUUAAGAAGAGAUAUUGCAAAACAUAAUCUUGUGUAAUAUUUCUUCUUAAAGAAACUGCCUUAUUAGAAACACAGGGCUGACUGUUUUUUUAAGGUGCAAAAUAUAUCUAGAGUUUCUCCUUUUGACUUUUCAUAAAAAUAAAAAAAAAUGAUCUUAUGCUUACUAACAAUUAUAAGAUCCUAUGGAAUAUGUAAAACCCUCACUCAUUUUUGUCAUUCCAGUAGUGUAGUAAUUUGCACAUAAAUUUAAAUGCAUGUUAAAGUCUCUUAGUCUUUAUAAAAUCUGGUACAAAAUUUUGUAUAUAGUACAUAAUCAAAUAUGUUUCCAUUUAAUAAAACCUGAACAACCAAUAUUGAUCCAAUCUUAGCAUGUGGCAUUUAUGAUCAUUGAAUGUUAGGGGAUUUAAAGUUUCAACCUAAUUAUGAAGAUUAAGACAACUAGUAUCACGGUUUGAAUAAAAUGUAAACUUUGGUCUUUUCUAAAAAAUCAGAUUUGUAUGUUUAGUAGAAAUUCAUACUCAGUGUUUGAAUUAAAUUCAGCAUGCAUCUUCACCCCAAAUA